UUUUUGGUAACCACGUGUGUCUUUUCCUCUUUAGGAUGGAGAUCUCCUCUCAUCAGUCUCACCUCCUGCAACAACUGAAUGAGCAACGCAGGCAAGAUGUAUUUUGUGAUUGUAGUAUUUUAGUUGAAGGGAAGGUCUUCAAAGCACAUCGGAAUGUAUUAUUUGCUAGUAGUGGCUACUUUAAAAUGCUUCUUUCUCAGAAUUCAAAGGAGACAAGUCAGCCAACCACAGCUACAUUUCAGGCUUUCUCCCCUGACACUUUUACAGUUAUUCUGGACUUUGUCUAUUCGGGAAAACUGUCUCUUACUGGUCAGAAUGUCAUAGAAGUGAUGUCAGCAGCUAGCUUCCUUCAGAUGACUGAUGUCAUUAGUGUAUGUAAGACUUUCAUUAAGUCUUCAUUAGACAUUAGUGAGAAAGAAAAAGAUCGCUAUUUCAGUCUCUCAGAUAAAGAUGCCAAUUCCAAUGGCAUAGAACGUUCCUCUCUUUAUAGUGGUGGCUGGCAAGAAGAAAGCAGUUCUCCACAUUCUCACCUAAGCCCAGAUCAAGGAACAGGGGUUAUAAGUGGAAAGUCUUGGAGUAAGUAUAAUUACCAUUCAGCCUCCCAAAGGAAUACUCAACAAACUUUGGCCAAGCAUGAACAAAGGAAAGAUUCCAUCAAAAAGUCCAAACAUUUGAGGUUGUCACAGCCUUCCGAAGUUGCUCAUUAUAAGUCAAGCAAACGAGAAGCACGGACAUCUGAUUCUUCCAGCCACAUUUCCCAAUCUGAAGAUCAUGCACAAAUUGAUGCUGAAAUGGACUCUACUCCUGCUGGCUAUCAGUAUGGUCAAGGAUCUGAUGUCACAUCCAGAAGUUUUCCAGAUGAUCUGCCCAGGAUGCGAUUCAAGUGCCCAUACUGUACCCACGUGGUGAAGCGGAAAGCCGACCUAAAGCGCCACCUUCGUUGUCACACAGGAGAAAGACCCUAUCCAUGUCAAGCUUGUGGGAAAAGAUUCAGCAGGCUAGACCAUCUCAGCAGCCAUUUUCGAACGAUUCACCAAGCAUGCAAACUAAUCUGCAGAAAAUGCAAACGCCACGUGACUGAUCUGACAGGGCAAGUGGUACAGGAAGGAACCAGACGCUACAGACUCUGUAAUGAGUGCCUUGCUGAAGUUGGCAUAGACAGCCUCCCCAUCGAUUUGGAAGAACAACAUCUUAUGUCCCCCUCAGAAGGAGAUAAGGAUUCCAGAUGGCACUUGAGUGAAGAUGAGAAUAGAUCCUAUGUGGAGAUUGUAGAGGAUGGGUCUGCUGAUCUGGUCAUACAGCAGGUCGAUGACAGUGACGAAGAAGAAAAGGAAAUAAAGCCCAACAUUAGGUAGCUGUAACAAGAACCAACAGAGCUGGCAUGUCUGCGAUUUACAUUGACUUCCUAUAUCUCUCUCUUUCCAUGGUCAGAGUCUGGUUAACCAAUUUAUUACACCGACUUAAAAGAAGUGACCUGACAUAACUUGCAUGCUUUUCUGAACAGGCCAUUAUGUCCAUUCUGAACUUUGUUGCCCUAAAAUAUGUUGCUGCACUGGAAAGAAAGUCCUAGCUUGAGUUGGCAUGAUGGAUGAACAAUUAAUCCUCUUACUUUUAUUACAGAGAUACUUUUUUUUUCUCCUAAUAGUGGGAGAUCUAAUUAUUGAAUUUGUUUCAAAGAAAAUAUUUUAAAUAAAUUUACCACAACCAAACUUUAUAUAAGACAAGUUCAAGGUGCUUCAAAAAUACAUUAACUACCAAUAUCGAAUUUUUAUAGGCAGUCAGAUAAGAGCACAUUUAAGGGUCUGGCGCCCUACCUGACUGAACUAAUCUUUAUAUUAAUUUCAGAUCUGAAACAACCUAUUCCAGUAUCCUAAGUGUUUUAGAAGUAUGGCGGAAAACUAAUAGAAAAUAUUUAAAAUCGCUCAUAUUUGAAAAUUUUUUCAUUUAUGUAGUCAGUACUGUUACAAACAAACAAACAAAAAACCUACAGUGGGACUGACCCAAGAUUGUGUACAGACUUCAUUUUCUUAAAGAGGGAAGGUCAUACUGCCUAAAAGUCAAGGUAGUAUGUGAAGACCUGUCAACAUAGUUCUCUUCUUCUCGUAAAGAAAGAAAGGAAAAAGAAAGAAAAAAAAAACCAGGAGGUUCUUAAGAAUAAUUUCUAACAUCUAUAUAGUGCUAUAUUCUUUAUAAAGUGCUGUCAUACACAUUUUCUCACGUAAUCAGCGAGGUAGAUAUUAUUAUCUCUGAUUUACAGAUGAAGAAAUGAAGGUCAGAAAGUUUAAGUGGUGGGCUGGUGAUUAGACAGACUAUGAUUUUAAACACAGGCCUCUUUCAGCUCUCCCUGUAUGUCUCCUGAAAUGGCUGAGAAUUAAAGUUAAGCCUCGGCAAUCUACACUAAUUAUAAAAGUAAGCCAAUCAGAAUUAGAAAGUUUGAAAGAAGAGGAAUUUAAUCAUCUUAAAAAUACAUAUAUCUUAAACUAGUUAUUCAAAUAGUGCUAAGUGAUGUUCCUACAGUACCUAUUGAUGUUUUUAUGUCAUUAUUUAUAUGUAAAUUUAAAAUACUAUAAAACUGCUUGAACAAGUUACUCUCUUAUGUACUUUAAGCAUUUUUGCUUAUCUUGUUUAUAUAAUAUUUCAAAACGAACUUUCCUUCUAGGAUACAAAGUUAAGUUUUAAACCCCUCCCCUGUAUGAAUUACCAAACAUUCCAAAGUUCCAACUGAAUUGCAAAAACAUUAUUGUCGCUCUAAAGAUAAGGCCUAAAUACCAGAACUAAAGAACUGAACUCCAUAAAGGUUACUGCAGGUUAUCACAAUUAAGCUUUAUAUAGUUUAAUUUUGAUAGCGGCUCCAUGUAUUAUACUGUAUUUUUAAAUGCCAUGAUAUACCUCAAGAUGGUACUUUUUAAUGUUAUUUUCUCUUAUUCUUUAAAUAAUAAUUGUCCUUGAUACCAACUUGUGGGCUAAAAUGGUUAGUUUCAAAAAAUUUUUUAUAAAUAGAUGAAUAACCAAUUUGUUUUAUGGUAUUUAAUGCUGAGACUUUUUCAAGAUUCCCCUGAAGGCGAAGUUUCUGUUGCUUCUAGACCUGAUGGUGUGUGUUGAGUUCAUUGUUCUCCCAACAUAGCCGCUCCUGAAUCAGGAUUCUUAACAUUGAAGCUGUAUCCAAAUGAGGAAAGGGACCAGAGUGAUGCUACACCUUUCAAAAUUGUAACCUGGUUUUUAGUGAUGGGGCCAGGAGGAAAAAUGGCUGAUUGGAGCUUUAUUCAUAGAAAUAAAGUAGUGCUUGCAUGUGUAUACUCUAACACACUUUAGUCUAUGAUCUAAAUGUUCUUUUAUGCUAUUAUCUUCUGCAUGCAAACUUUACAUACAUGAGCAUGAAUGUCAGCAAAGCCCAUUGAACACAGCACUUGUAGAGUUGCCUUUUCAGAAAUAAUGCUUUCCCCUAAUUGUUUAUAACAACACCAAGCAAUCUCCACAAAACAACUAUCAGUUUCACCAAACUAGUCAGCACAUCUAUUCUAUCAUUUUACUAUCAUAAAGGGGAAACAUCUAUGACAUGUUUGUAAGUUGUAAAUAAUAACUCCAAUCAUCAUAUCAUAUAUAUGUAAGACUUUAACCAAUUCUUUUCUAGAGUGAAACUGUCUAUUAAUGGUUUCUGAGAAAACAGAAUUGUUUGGCUUUUAAAUGUGUGAAAAUGUUACGUAGGGGUAUAAUUUGUUUAAAUAAGCUUUAUUUAUGCCAGGGAGUAUUUUUUUAAUCAGAAGAAUAAUGGGAGUUGGUUAGACCAGAGUUCACUCUGACAGGAAUGCCUAUCCAACUCUGUUGUCCUCAAGUGUGUCUGGUUGAUGGGGUGGAGGUUUUGCAAAAAUGAAGUACCACUGUGGCCAUGUCUAGUAUCUGGAGAAAGCAAAAUCAGUGGUUUAAAAUAAUUUUUUUACCCUUCCUUCAAAUGAAUUGUUUCACAGAGAAGCUCAACAUUUAAGGGAUAAACUCUUAAUAUCAGAGUUGCUUUGGUUAAAAACCUCUUCAUCCCCCACCCCAUGAACCUUUCCCCAGAUACCUCUACAGCGCUCAGGAGCACAGUAUUCAAUACCACUGAAGUAGAAAUUCUUGAAUUCCCUUUGAGCGUUACCAUCUCACAUCAUCAACCUACAACCCACUGUCCUUGUAAGCAGGUAACCAUAGGAUCUCUUUUAGACUAGCAAAUUGCAUCCUUACUACACGGUUCCUUCUGAAUAUAGUUGUCAGAUCGUAAGACUUUUCAAAAACAGAAUUUUUCAAUAUUUUCAGUAAUGGAAUCAAAACAAACAUGGUUACCACCUUCAUGUGACCAAGUUACUGCUUAAUGGAUAAAAAAAAAAAAUUGAUGUUUCAGUUAUUUAUGAGCUGAGUACUCAGUUCAUUAAAGUUGUUUUGCCAGGUCAUGGUAAGAUAAAUGGAAAUCUCCACUCCUAUUGUUUUUUUGAAAUUUUUUUUUAGCCUAAAAAUUAAUAGUAUGGAAAAAUCACUGAAAACGGUACAGCCUAAGACGAUGUUACAUUUAACUGGGAAAGGUAAUAAUAAUAGGUACAGGAGAACCUAAAACAGAAAGUUCUGUGUUAUUUUAUAUUAGAAUGGAUCAGUGUUACUAUUUAUCAUUUACCGUGAAGCCUGUGAGAGCCGGAACUCAAUGGGACCGCCUUGUUUUUCCAGGUCUCCCAAGUUUUCCGCCUUUGACAGGGUGCAGUCUUACCACUUUUCUAUCACUUGUUUUAGUGGAAAAAAGUUUUCCUUCUCUGAUAGGUUUCUGCCUUACACAGGUUCUGGCUUUCACAGGCUUUACUGUAUGUAGCAUUUUAUAUUUGCGAAGUGUUUAAUAAUUUUUGCCAGUUAUUCUUUGCAUAUCUAUGAAAUAGGACAGUUCCCACAUGAAAGGCCAAAAAAUUUGAGGCACUUAACAGUAAAGCAUCCUACUUAAGAUAACCCAUUGAAACAAUAGCAAAAAUAGGAAUUAGACAAGCAGAUUUUUGAAUCCUAGGAUACUUGCUUAAUUCACAGAGGUGUAUUGUGUAUCACUGUAUUUUAUGAGAUGACUUUAUACAAAUAACAGUAAAUUGUUUUAAAGCUGACAUCAUUGUGUGUGGAUAAAUCCUAUACAAAAUAAAUGUUAUGUAAGGAAUACGAAUACAAGAGUGUUAAUCAUAAAAUUCAGGGUAUCACAGAAAUGGUACUGUUUUGCCAGCUGUUUUGUGUAUUGUGAAGUAUAAUUAAUAUUUUGUUUUGAUACAGGCGUUUCUCACUAUUCAUGCUAAUAGAUCCAUGAAUAGGCCAGAAAAAUGAACCUUCUCUCUACGGAUCUUUUAUUAAUGCCAACAAAAAGUAAAAUAUUUUGAUGUUAAUAAGCAAUAAACCACACAUAGCAAGAGAAGCCAAGGAACUCAAUUUUUAAAGGCAAAAUAUUUCGAAAUGUAGUUACUUAAAUCAUCUUGACUGCAUCUGGUUUGGGUUUUUUUGGUACUUACUUAAAUGGCAUGAUAAACACUUCUCCCCAUCCCCUUUUCAUUUUUUCACACCAGCGAAAGCUAUGUGCCAGUGGAUACUUUAUCACCUUUAGAUGAUAGGAAACCAGUGACCAUG